AUGCCUCCAAGCCCCCGGGCCUUUCCAAUCCUCGGCCACAUUCCACUCCUGGCUAGCAAUUCUCGUGGGCCGCAUCUCAUCCUCUUCGAUCUCGCCAAGAAGCUCGGCCUGAUCUUCUACCUCCGCCUGGGCUACACCCCCACGCUCGUCAUCUCGUCAGCCAAGAUCGCCCAAGAGAUCCUCAAGACCCACGACAGGACCUUCUCCUCGCGGCCAUCGCUCACGUUUGCCGAGGCGAUCCUCCCAGACGAUCUCAUCUUCGCGCGCUAUGGCACGAGAUGGAGGGAGCUCCGCAAGAUCUGCACGCUCGAGCUCUUCACCGCGCGCCGCGUGGGGAGCUUUGCGGCAGUGAGGCAAGCGGAGAUGGAGAAGUUCCUGGCGAUGCUCUCCCAGAAUCUGGGAAGAACGGUGAACAUGACCCACGAGCUCAGCGUCCUCACCUUGGAGAUCAUGCAAACGCUCGUGUUUGGGACGAGCCGGACCUUCGGUGCCAACGAUUUCCUCCGCUUGGUCCACCAGGCGAACGAGCUGGGCGGGAGGCUACACAUCGGCGAUUACGUCCCAUGGCUUAAAUGGAUGGAUAUCUCGCUGCCCAAGCUGAGAACCUUAGCAACCAAAUUCCAUGCCUUGCUUCAAGCACACAUUGAAGAGCACCGAUCCUCUAUAGCCAAGCAAGGACAUGGCGGCGAGAGCUUCCUGGACGUCUUGCUCUCGCUCGACAACAUGUCAGAUCUUACCAUCCGGUGCCUCAUGCUGGAUGCUGUGAGUGCAGGGCUGGACACGACUGCCACAGCGAUAGAAUGGGCUCUCAUAGAGCUACUUCUUCAUCCACAAAUCUUGGCAAAAGCCCAGAAGGAAUUGGACGACGUGAUCCCUGCUAGUAGUGCCAUCGUGAGUGAGGCCGACAUUCCCAAUCUCAAGUACCUCGGCGCGAUUGUCAAGAAGAGCCUGCGCCAGCACCCACCGGCACCACUCAUGGUUCCACGCGAAUCCACCGCCGAGUGUAAGCUUGAAGAAGCUGGCUACAUGAUCCCAGCCAAAACCCAAGUGUUGAUCAACCUCUAUGCCAUCGGCCGGGAUCCAAACAUCUGGGAGAACCCUCUGGAAUUCAUCCUGGAGAGGAUGAGUAAUGAAUUCAAUGCGGCUGUGGAACCCAUGACAUUUUGCUUUGGCCGGCGAUCCUGCCCGGGGAUGAACUUGGGGUUGACUGCUGUUCAUCUCGUCUCCCUACAGGUUCAACUGGACAACACCGGAUGUUCUACAAGCUUUCCCCCGUGGAAGCUGCAGGACGAGGUGCUGGGAUGGAAAGUUUGGGCUCCCAAGGAUGACGAUGGCGUUCCAAGCUUGCUUGAGAAAGCUGCCAGGGCGGAAGACGAUCAGUACCCGGUGGUGGCAAAGCAGCUCAUUGUUUUCUUCACCGGGAACUCGGACGGGUUUUUGGCUGAUGCCAUCAACUGGAGGAAAGUUUGCGAGGGUGGUUGUCGGUCGUCGCCCAGGAGCGGAUGUUUGUGUUUCGAGCCUGGAAACGUGAGCUCGUCACUGGAUUCCAGGGAUCAAGUGUUCCUUGAGGAUCCAACCAAGCCUCAUGUCUUUCAAGCGGCUGGGCUUCUCGACUAA